GCUGUCUCUCUCUGGAUUAGGGUCUCAUACUGCUGUCUCUCUCUGGAUUGUGGUCUCAUACUGCUGUCUCUCUCUGGAUUGUGGUCUCAUACUGCUGUCUCUCCCUGGAUUAGGGUCUCAUACUGCUGUCUCUCUCUGGGUUAGGGUCUCAUACUGCUGUCUCUCUCUGGAUUAGGGUCUCAUACUGCUGUCUCUCUUUGGGUUAGGGUCUCAUACUGCUGUCUCUCUCUGGAUUGUGGUCUCAUACUGCUGUCUCUCUCUGGAUUGUGGUCUCAUACUGCUGUCUCUCUCUGGAUUGUGGUCUCAUACUGCUGUCUCUCUCUGGAUUAUGGUCUCAUACUGCUGUCUCUCUCUGGGUUAUGGUCUCAUACUGCUGUCUCUCUGAGUUAGGGUCUCAUACUGCUGUCUCUCUCUGGAUUAUGGUCUCAUACUGCUGUCUCUCUCUGGAUUAUGGUUUUAUACUGCUGUCUCUCUCUGGGUUAGGAUAGGAUAAUACUUUAUAGAUUGUCAGAGGAGAACUUCGGGUGUUGCAGCAGCACAAAGACAGUAGAAAAGGUUGUCCAAAAUAAAAAAUGUAAACACAAUAUUUAAGGUAAAUAUAGAUAAAAAUAGGAGGUAUAUACAAAUACAAUAUGAAUGGUGAAGUAAUCAGGGCAAUUAGACAUUAUGUGCAGUGCAUUAUGGUUUACGGUCCUAUACUGCUGUCUCUCUCUGUGGGUUAUGGUCUAAUUCUGUCUGUCUGUUUGUAGGGCUGCAACGAUUAGUCGACAUAAUCGAUUACGUUGACUAUAAAAAAAAGCGUUGAUGCGUCGUAUUAUUGUUUUUGUUAUUGGUAAAAUCAAAUACCAGCCGGUCAAAACUCAUCUGUACUUGCAGUUCACUACAGGUGGUGGGGGCAGUAUCGCUCCCAAUUUUAACAUUAUUCACAGAAACGGAGAAGAAGAAGUUCACAUGAAUAAUGGCGGAAAGCACGUAGGAUGCUCGAAAAAGUCGACCCAGUGCUUCCAAAGUUGGGGAACAUUUUAUCGAAAACAAAAUGGCGAAACACGUUAAGUGCAAACUGUGUGAAGUCACACUCUCCUUCCAUGGCAGCACUACGGCAAUGCACGAACACCUGAAACGCCGACACCCUGUAGCUGCAGUGUCUUCAAAUACCGUGAGUUGUGCCAAGCAAAGGUGUGUGGACGAGUUUGUCAUGAGGAAAGGCUCAUGCACCCCAAAAAUGGCUGAGGUCUUCACAGAACGCAUCCUCAACAUGAUCGUCAUGGACAUGAGACCAUUAUCUAUGGUUGAGGAUGAAGGCUUCAAGCAGAUGAUCCAGACCUUCCAUCCAGGCUACACCUUGUAGAACAUAUUUUAAACAUAAACACAAACACAUAAAUGAGGCAAAAUAUCCAUCACUUGCAUCACUAGCCAAGUCAUUCUUCUGCAUUCCAGACUUCUACACCCUCUGAGCGUCUCUUCUCAGCAGCUGGAAACAUCGCCUCAAAGAAGAGAGCCAGCCUCACACCUGAACAUGUUGACAUGCUCACGUUCCUGCACUGCAAUUCAAAGAAAUUAUAAUCUAUUGUUCAGUCACUUGGGCUGGAAGGUUGAUUUGUUUACAUUACGUUUAUUCGGACUUUUAGACUUUGGAUGGGCUAUUUGCUUUAUUUACUUUGAUGGACAUAUCAGUCACUUUAAAGAAAGCCAUCCUUUAGUUAUUUAUAACCUGCACGGCAGGUAAACUGCUUACUAUUUUGAAUUAUUUAUUUAUACAUCAAAGACUACUUGCACUUUUGUUUGCACACAAGUUUGUAUUAUUUAGUUUAUUUCCUUUUCAUUGUGAUCCAAAAAAUAUACUUACUAAAAAACAUACUUACUAUGUGCCAAACUCAUGUUUCAUGUGCCAUUAUUCUAAUUUGCUUUUGCUGGUUGAAAUUCACAAGUGUGCAUGCUUAAGCAGGCGAGGUAAAACGGGGAUCAAAAAUAGUAUGCAAGAUAAUCGUGAUUAAUCGACUAAUCAAAAAAAUAAUCAAUAGAUUAGUCGACAUUAAAAAUAAUCGUUAGUUGCAGCCCUAUCUGUUUGUCUGGACAGGGAAAAUGGAGAUAAUGGGGAGAAACUAGCCUUCAGAUAUCGCAUAGCCUCACACGGGGCACCAGUUACUGUAGCGUAAUUUAUUCAUGGUGAGAUCAGAUGUUGUCUCAGCUGUAACAAGUGUGUCUAUCUGUCUCCAGAU